AUGACGAGAACCCACUACAACCUAGGCCUCGUCUGCUUUUCCCCGAACACAUUGAUUAUUGGCUCGAUUAACGGCCUGAUCUGCUCCACUGGCAACUGGAUGUACUCCAGCUGGCCGACCCCCAAUGACAUCUGGAUAUGGAACCCAUCCACUGGGCUCUCAAAGAAACUCCCCACGUGCAUCCACAAAUUCCAGCGUUUUUCCAAUUAUCAGGCCACAUUUGCCUUCUGCUGGGACGAAGAGUCUGACGUGUACAAGGUGGUUAGAAUCAUUUCGAAGAAAUGCGAACCAACCAUCGCCGAGGUCUGGUCCUCGCAUAAUAACUCCUGGGAGGAGAUUGACCACACGAAGCACCCUUCUUUGAGUUCUUUCUAUCACCCAUCACACCCUGUGAACGUGGUCCCAACCACCUCCUGCAAUGUGUUUGUCGGGAAUUCCCCCCACUGGGCUGUCCUCGAUUAUUAUGGGAAUCCCUUUAUCAUGUCAUUUGAUGUCAAAACCAACAAGCUGAAGCUAUCAUAUUUCCCAUCUCAACUAUCUUCUCACCGGGAAAAAAUCUCCGCCAGAAUUACCAGUGGGCUUCGUUAUCUUAUUGUUACGAACUGGAUGGGGAAAUUGGCGGUGCUGGAUGCUGUGGAUGAUCUUUCUGCCGAUGAUGAGUAUGAGAAACUGGCCAAUGUUCUUUCUGAUACAGAGAGGACGGCGGAUAUAUACUGGUUGUGGACCAUGGAAGCUAAUGGUCAUUGGACUCGUUCAUGUCUGUUUUCUUUUGGUUUUGAUUUCCAUUAUUGCCUGAACUCUGUGGGGGGAGGGAAAUUUAUGCUGCUGCACAGGUAUUCAGAUAUAGCAUUUUACGACAUUGUGGAGAGACGAGUUAUUAGGACGUAUGGAGUUCCCAGUGUAUUCCCCAAUAGAUUGUCUUCGGGCUUUGACUUUGUUGGGAGCUUAGUGUCGAUUGAGGGGUCUGAGCCCUUUGGGAACGAUUUUAGCGGAUUGAUCACUCUCACCUGGCCGAAUCAUAUGAACUCGAAUGGGAAAAAACACCGCAAACAACUCUUGAGGCUUCCGGAAGAGGGUAAAAUCUAUGAGGGUGGAAUGAAAAGUGAUCCUGAAGAGAUGGACGUCCUUGCACCUUUCUGGGAGCGUCAAAAUCAUUUUAAUCCUUUUGAAAGGCUUGUACCUGCCGAAAACCAAUUCCCCAUCGUUAACGACACCAUUUACUGGAAAAUCAACAAGUACACCUCAAGUGAUCAUGAUAUAAUUCUUGGCACAGGGGGUUUCAUCCUAAAUAAGGCGAACAUGGGCAUCCGACAACAGGGUGGGCGGCGGUCGGCUUGCAAAGGUCGCAACCCACUGAAGGUCGGGGCCCGUCGAAGGUCGCCGAAUAGAGCUCGAAGGUUAUUGAAGCUGACGAAUUGCGGUGGUUCCUGGCGGAGGUGCAUGGGGAAGCGAACUCGAUGGCGGACGGCGUCAUCAACCGGCUAA